AUGGACCAGGCUACCGGCGCUGCUGCUGGCCUGCGCCGCCGCCGCCGCCGUGGGCGAGUGCAGGGUGGUGCACGUGGGAGAGGCGCACCGGCGGAGCAUGCUGGCCAAUGGCCUCGGCGCGACGCCGCCCAUGGGUGGAAUAGCUGGAAUCACUUCGCCUGCGACGGCAACGGCGAGGUUGUCAUCAGGGAGACCGCCGAUGCGCUUGUGUCCACCGGGCUCGCCGCUGCCGGCUACAAAUACGUCAAUCUUGAUGAUUGCUGGGCAGAACCCGAACGUGAUGCGAAGGGCAAUCUUGCGGCGAACAAGAAGACGUUCCCGCACGGGAUAAAGGCACUCGCAGACUACGUCCACAGCAAGGGGCUCAAGCUCGGCAUCUACUCCGAUGCUGGAUACAAGACAUGCGCCAAGGCUCAGCCUGGGUCCCUCGGCCACGAGGAGCAGGACGCCAAGACCUUUGCCUCCUGGGGAGUCGACUACCUCAAGUACGACAACUGCAACAACGGCGACACGAAGCCGCUGCAGAGGUACCCUGACAUGAGCAAGGCUCUGAUGCAGGCCGGCCGACCCAUCUUCUUCAACCUCUGCGAAUGGGGCGACAUGCACCCGGCGCGGUGGGGCGCGGCCUACGGCAACAGCUGGAGAACCACCAACGACAUUGAGGACACCUGGAACAGCAUGACGUCGAUGGCGGACCAGAACGAGGUGUGGGCCGAGUACGCGCGCCCCGGCGGCUGGAACGACCCGGACAUGCUGGAGGUGGGCAACGGAGGGAUGACCAACGACGAGUACAUCGUGCACUUCAGCAUCUGGGCCAUCUCAAAGGCGCCUCUGAUCAUCGGCUGCGACGUGAGGCACAUGUCGCAGGACACCUACGACAUCCUCGCCAACAAGGAGGUGAUCGCCGUCAACCAAGAUCCUCUCGGCGUACAGGGGAAGAAAGUGAGGAUGGAGGGGAGCAGCGAGAUCUGGGCUGCGCCGCUGACGGGGUACAGGACGGCGGUGCUGCUGCUGAACCGGCACGCCAAGGACGAGGCCCAGAUCACGGCGCACUGGGACGACAUCGGCCUCCCCGCCGGCACGGCCGUCGACGCCAGGGACCUCUGGCUGCACAAGACGCUCGACGCCAAGUUCACGGACAAGAUGAGCUUCAACGUGACGCCGCACGCGGCCAGGAUGUUCGUGCUCACGCCUCUCAAGUCCCAGAUGGACUAA